AUGUUGCCUUCUAAAGCUUUCGCUGUGGCCGUUCUUUUGUCAUCGGCUUUUGUAUUUCCUCUUCCACAAAAAAAUGACGAGACUCCCCAUCUACAACCACAAAAAAAAUCCCUCGCGUUAACGAUAGUCGGGGCUGCCAUAGGCAGCGCAAUGAUGGGGACCACGAUGGCAUCUCAUAAGAAAGAAUUCGACGCCCUGAGGAAGGUGGCGAAGCUAGAGAAGGGACAAACAUACGCACCAGACAGCCCGACCAACCCCAAGUUCAGGCCUCCAAUGCCUCCAGAUAUGGAUGACAAAUUUGCAUACAUGUUCAGAGAGAACCCUAAGGAAAAGGCAAUAUCCCCAAGACCGAAGCCAGGACUUGGCAGCGACGGUACCGCUCAGGAUCUAUGGUUCAAGACACCCGGUGACAUGAAGGAGAAUGGCUGGUCGAAGCGAUGA